AUGAUGAAAGACGAAGCCAACGCCACCAUCGACCUAAGUGCCGAGACACAGCAAACGAGUCGCAUCACACUCCGGAUUCCGCCAUUCUGGCCAGAGGAGCCAGAACUAUGGUUCGCCCAGCUGGAAGGCCAGUUCGAACUCGCUAAAAUCACCGGAGACCACGAACGCUACCUCCACGCGCUCUCUCGCAUGGAACCCGGCCAGGCGAAGGAAGUAAAAGAUAUUAUCGUGAGCCCGCCCAGCGGCCAAAAGUACGAAGCUUUGAAAGCAGCCUUGAUACAACGACUGACCGACUCACAAGAAAACCGCAUCAGGAAGCUGAUAGAAACUGAGGAGAUGGGCGAUCGAAAACCAUCACAGUUCCUCAGGCACCUCUCCACCCUGGCUGGGACCAUAGUGUCAGAGAGGCUCCUACGCACUCUUUGGCUGGGACGCCUGCCGACGUACAUACAGGCCAUCUUGGCUACACGAGCGGAGGACCCGCUGAACAACGUAGCUGACCAUGCCGACCGCAUCCAUGAGAUUGGCAACAAAGCGGUAGUCCUGGCUGCAGCAGCACCAACACCCCCGACGGACCCCUUGGAUGAGCUACGAGGCCAUGCACCAACAGCAGAAGGCGAUAAGAAACCGCAGCAGAUCCCGGAGCCGGAAUAG